AUGGGCGAGAAAGUCAAGUUGUACGCAUUUUCGCUGUUUGUGGCUCCCUGGAUAUUCGCAUUUGUUUGCGCGCGGUUCAGCUUAUACGCCCUUCGAAACAAUUUGAACGUCCCGAUUUAUCUACUGAAUGCUGGGACUAGAGUUCUCAUGGGCCACUUUACGGCUCGCGAGAUCCAGACCUUGCUUCCAUCUACCGAAGAGGUAUACAGAGCAUGGAUCCGCCGAAAGCAGAAGCUUGUCAAAGACUCGGCCAUGAAAGAGCGACUUCAAUGUGAUAUACAGCCUCUCCCCGAGGCGAACUCGAGCAUCCUCUGGGUUGGUAACCGUCACAAAGCCCAAAAGGUGGUACUCUACCACCAUGGUGGAGGAUAUAUGAUGUCGUGCCAGCCCGGGCAUAUUGAAUCCGUGUGGAACGCGUUUGUGCUCUCCGGGGUGGAAUCAGACACCGAGGUGGCCGUGGCCUUUCUGCAAUAUUCUCUUACUCCGGAUGAGAAGCCUCCUGUGCAGCUCCGUCAGGCCGCAUCUGCGCUCUCCGAGCUUCUCAAAGCAGGCUUCAGCCCUAGGGACAUCGUCGUAGGCGGUGACUCUGCUGGCGGCAACCUCACAAUGCAGCUUCUUCAUCAUAUCAUCGAGCCCCAUCCCGAAGCCAGCCGUCUCUCACUGACUGAGCCUCUGUUCGCCGCUGCCCUCACAUCCCCGUGGCUCAGCUGCGAGGUCUCCAGCCCCUCGUUCCUGGAGCACGAUGGAGAUGACAUGCUCUCUACAGCCAUCAUGCGAUCCUUGGCGGCAGAUGCUGGGUAUCAUGAAGACCAGAUCGUCUCGGAUGAAGGUGAUAGUUGGGCGAAGCCCCUGGAAUGUAGGGGAACUUGGCUCAGCAAGCUGAACAGCGCCGUCAAGAGGGUUCACAUCACCAUCGGUGAGAGAGAGAUCCUGGCAGACCAGGGAAGGGCUCUGGCUAAGAAUCUCGAGGCCUUGAAGACGGGAGUUGAAGUGACACUCUGGAGCAAUCCGAAUGCGGGACACGACCUUAUUGUGGCCGAAGGCGUAUUGGAACGCAUUGGCGAAGCAACUAUUGAGAUGAAGCAGUGGUUCAAGGAAUUGUUGUGA